AUGCCUAAUGGAAGUCUUCAUGAAUGGCUGCACUCGAACGAAGAAAAGGCCAAGAUUUUGGAUUUCCCUCUGAGAGUUAAACUUGCACUUGGGAUAGCGAAAGGCCUUGCUUGGCUUCAUCAUGGGUACGAAUUACACGUUACACACGGGAGCAUAAGCACACGAUGUAUCUUGCUAGAUCAAAAUUUUGAACCUAAAAUAUCCAAUUUUUGGGAAGCCAAGUUUUGGAGUAAGAAUGACACUGCAUUAAGUUGGAGUCUUUUCCCAGUAGCUGAAUAUUCUGGUUUAGGUUCUUACAAGCAAGACAUUUACUGCUUUGGUGUUGUGCUUCUCGAGCUUGUAACUGGGAAGGAACCACAUGAACUGACCAGCUCGAGAAAUCUAUUUGAUCAUUCGCCUUGUCUACUUGAUGCAGAUAGAGAUUUGCUUGGAAAAGGAGUCGACGAUUUAAUCCUCCAAUUUCUUGAAUUAGCUUGUACCUGUGUGAAGUUCUUUCCUAAUGAAAGGUCAACAAUGUUGGAAGUGUAUGACACACUGAGGACAAUUUCUCAGGGCCGAACAGACUGGGUACGAGGGAUACCCUUAUCAACUGAGAUUUCAAGUCUCUAUGACUAG